CCAGUUCAGAAAGGCCUUAACGAAUAUCUUGCCAAGAUACCCCACCGUCCUACUGGUGUUCAAUCAUUAGCAGACGUGAUCGAGUUCAACCGCACCCAUAAGGAGAGCCAAUACAUGGGGCAGGAAAAUCAAAUCAAGUUGGUACUCUUGAUCAUCUCUUGGACCUUUACUCAUGGAUUUAUCAGGUUAACUGAGUCGGAGGCGACCAACGAAAACGCUCAAUAUAAGGAGACCGUCAAGUGGCUCCAACUCAAGUCAAGAGAGGAAGGCAUCGAUGCUUGCCUCGAAGAGAAUUCCCUGGAUACUACAACACCAUUCCGACAGGACUCCAAUGCGCCCUACCUUUCCGCACCUGGACUGCCAUUCGGGAUUGUAUUCAUGGGUACCGCUUGGUCGGAACGUACCCUGAUCGGAUGCGCUUACGCGCUCGAACAACAACUCAAGGUUAGAUCAAAGCGGAAGGCCUACGCAGCGGCGAUCCCACGAUCCCAAAUCAGCGCCACCCCUGGGCCUGAGAGAGGAAAGCAUGCUGGCUCCUGGAUGAUGAGUCAGUACGCUAUGGCUUCAACUACAGACCACGAUAUUCCAGACCUCUAUGAUGCGGAAAUAUCUCAACUAAAGGAAGGACUACAAGCGGGACGAUUCACUUCGGCUCAACUUGUCAAAGCGUAUAUUGCUCGGAUCAACGAAGUUAAUGAAAAUGGACCACGUCUUAGAGUAGUUUUGGAGAUCAAUGCCGCCGCUAUCGAGCAAGCAGAGCAGCUAGAUGAACAGAGACGGCUUGCACAGAUCAAAGGGGAAGAACUCCCACUAUUACAUGGCAUUCCCAUAUUGCUAAAGGACAAUAUUGCAACUAAAUCACCGACCGGAUUCGACGAAAAAUUGAAUACAACCGCAGGGUCCUUUGCGCUUGUAGGAUGCUUUCCGCCCGAGGACGCGACAGUUGCAAAGAAACUACGAGAUGCGGGCGCGAUCAUUCUCGGAAAGUUAAAUAUGUCCGAGUGGGCACAUUGGCGCGGUAAACUCCCAUCUGGAUGGUCAUCUAGAGGAGGACAAUGCACCAACUCAUUUUUCCCUGGUGCUGACCCGUCGGGGUCAUCUUCUGGGUCUGGAGUCGCCGCUGCCAUUGGACUUGCCGCGGGUACUUUGGGAUCUGAAACGGACGGUACGUCCGUUCCAACUUUCUUGACGCCAGACUCAUCGACGAUUACAGUGAUUCCUAUUUCGAAAAGCCAAGAUAGUGUUGGUCCCAUGUGCCGAACCGUCUCGGAUACUGCAAUCCUCCUCCAAGCAAUCAGCGGGAGAGAUAAUUCAGAUGAAACCACACUCCAACAGCCACCGGUUCCCGACUACCUCUCCGCUCUGCGCCCGGACUUUCUUAAAGGUGUUCGCAUUGGGGUCCUACGAGGGUAUUAUGCUGAGCGAGCAGCGUGGAAAGAAGAAGACAGUGAGGAGGCUAUCACGGCUAGGCUACAAGCGUUCGAACGAGGCUUGGAGUAUAUGAAAGAAUUAGGUGCAGAACUUGUGGACUCUGUAGAGAUCGAAACGGUGGACGAGCUCGUCAAAAAUGAGGACAGAGAGCUAACGAUAUUUUAUACAGAAUUCAAG